UUGCGGAGUGGGGGAGGGAGGGAGGGUGGUGGGCAGCUCACAUUCAGGCAUUCAGGGCUUGAAAGGAACGGCUUAGGGAGCCUGACGGAGGCCCGGAGCUCCUCCUACUCUUAAGGAGGCUCGGAUAUGCAGCCCCAGCUCGCGCACAGAACCAGCGGGCAGGGCUUAGGGGCAGCUGUUUGCAUCCGGCUCAGCCACGGGCCUUUUUUGUUUUUUUUUUCUUUUUUUUUUUUGUAGUUUUAUUAAUUCUCGCUGGCCCCCAUCUGUGCUUUCGACUGGAUUCAGAACUCAGUUUAUCUUCCAGGCUCCCUGUCUUUGGGUCUCGAUCACCACAGAGGGGAAGGGGAGAAUCCAGAGAUAAAAUGUGAGACUGAAACUGUUUUAAAGAAGCAUACAAGAAAGAAGCACACACUUUAUUAGGGAGAUGUUGAUGAGAUGCUUACAACCCGCCCGCCACCCCCCAGCCCCAGCUAGGCCAUCUGGCAGGUACCGCCCGUGCGCCAGGCAUCGUUUUCAAAUUGCAAGACCGAAAUCCAAUCAACCGAAAUAAUUUCUUAGGAAGAUAAGCUUGCAACACGUGCAAUAAUGAAAAAAUUUAACUAGCAUUAAAAAUAUUCAGGAAUGUCGGGCAAGUACCACCUGGCCGCAGUCACAAGACAGAAGAAGGAGAUAAAUGGGCACGCACCAAAGGUUUAUAUUAAAGUGUAAGUUUCAGCCCCUCAGUAUAUUUAAGGGAGGCUGCUCUGCAGAGGAAACCUCUGCCUUCUCGGCGCGGGAGUUUCCGAGCUACCUUAACUGGGGCGCAACGCAGCCUUCAGCCACCAGAGGCAGCGGGUGUCUGCGGCCUGUCAAAAACUGGCGCUUUUUUCCUCCCCUUUCCGUGGAGAGACUAUCAACUCCAUCUGUCACAAAAAUUAAGGCUAAAUCUCCUCUCCAGAAGCAGAGGGAGCCGGGGCUCCGACGCGCUCAGCGUCGGGCUGUCCGCCUCUCCCUAGAGGACAAGUGAAUUUGAAAUGGCAAAAGUCACAGCCGGAGGCCCAGCACUAGGAGAUUCCUCCGGCUGCGGGAAAUCUUCCUGUACCUGCUGAAGCUGCUGCGUUCCUCAGAGGCGCUUGGUCUGCCGUGGGAAGCUGCACCUCUGCAGUCCCCAAAACCAAAAUCAAACCUUAAAAGAGCCAGACUGAGGCAGAGGAGCUGAGCAGCUAAUUGGAGGGAAUAGUAUGAGCCUCCAAAGAUUAGGGAAGAAAAUUGCAGUUGAAGAAAACUUGCUUUGGUUCAAUGCAAAAAUAAUGGGAUGAAUGGCAUGCUGAAAUAUCAUAUGACUUACGAAAAUGAUGAAUGGGAGAUCAUCCAGGAGGGCCCAGCGUAAUCAGAAGCAACCUGAAAUGUGGAGGAAGAGGCAGAAGAAGCAAAGUCCGAAGGAUCAUGGUGAUGGAAGCAAGGUAGGAUGGACGUUGUGUGAGGACUCAGCCUGCCACUGCUGGCCUUGAAGAUGGAGAAAGGGGAAGGAAUGCAGGAGUGUCAAGAAGCUGGAAAAGGCAAGGAGAUGGAUUAUCCCCCAGAAUCUCCAGAAAGGAAUGCAACCCUGCCCAUCAUUUGAUUUUAGCCCAGUGAGAACCAUGUCAGAAUUCCAGCCAACGGAAUGUCAAGAAGCAAAUUAGUGUUGUUUUAAGCCACCAAGGUUGUGGCAAUUUGGGCUAGCAGUCAUAGGAAACAAAGAGCAGCAUCAUUGAAUCAACCCCCAAUGUGUGUUAACUGUGGUGAAGGACCCCGGGAUGCCUAUGGGUUUAUUGAAUCUACAUAUGUGGAACCCAUGAAUGGGAGUCGGAGAAGGGGGCAACUGUAUACGCAAAAAGCUAUCAUAAUUGCCAAAAUAGUGAUAACAAUGUUGAAACACUACUGGGAUUACUACUGUUAAUGACUACCAGUGAUCAAGCACCUCCCCUGCCCCAGGACACUGAAUUGGAGCCAGCUGACGUAAGGAGCUUACCUUGGUUGUCACCUUCUGGUCUCUGUUUGAGGAACAACUGCAUGUGAUUAAGGGUUGAUCCUGAGAUCUUGUUCCUGAUCUUCCAUUUUUGCAAAGACUGAAGGUUCAAUCUAUUUUUUAGACCAUUAUUUUUGUUCUGUCAUACCUCAGUGUCUACACCAUCAUGAAUAAGCUGUGGCUGAAAACCAUUUGAUAAUGAAGCAAUGGAGCUGACAAUGAUAUUCACUCAUUGCCUGGUUUUUUUGUUUUGUUUUGUUUUGUUUUGUUUUGUUUUUUUGAUGCUUUUAAAAACUGCUGUCUAGGGUCGGAACUGCAACUUGCUCCGGAGGGCUCGGGCUCCGUAGUCACCAACUGCAAGGACCCUUCCCCCUGCGGGCGCUCCCCUGGCACAAUUCGCGUUCGAGAGUGACCUGCACUCGCUGCUUCAACUGGAUGCACCCAUCCCCAAUGCACCCCCUGCUCGCUGGCAGCGCAAAGCCAAGAAAGCCACAGGCCCGGCCCCCUCACCCAUGCGGGCCGCCAACCGAUCCCACAGCGCCGGCAGGACUCUGGGCCGAACUCCUGGCAAAUCCAGUUCCAAGGUUCAGACCACUCCUAGCAAACCUGGCGGUGACCGCUAUAUCCCCCAUUGCAGUGCUGCCCAGAUGGAGGUGGCCAGCUUCCUCCUGAGCAAGGAGAACCAGCCUGAAAACAGCCAGACGCCUACCAAGACGGAACAUCAGAAAGCCUGGACUUUGAACUUAAACGGUUUUGAUGUAGAGGAAGCCAAGAUCCUUCGGCUCAGUGGAAAACCACAAAAUGCUCCAGAGGGUUACCAGAACAGACUGAAAGUACUCUACAGCCAAAAGGCCACUCCUGGCUCCAGCCGGAAGACCUACCAUUACAUUCCCUCCCUGCCAGACCAUAACCUGGAUGCCCCUGAAAUCCGAAAUGACUACUACCUGAACCUUGUGGAUUGGAGCUCUGGGAAUGUAUUGGCCGUGGCGCUGGACAACAGUGUGUACCUGUGGAGCGCAAGCUCUGGUGACAUCCUGCAGCUUUUGCAAAUGGAGCAGACUGGGAAAUAUGUAUCCUCUGCGGCCUGGAUCAAAGAGGGCAAAUACUUGGCUGUGGGCACCAGCAGUGCUGAGGUGCAGCUAUGGGAUGUGCAGCAGCAGCAGAAACGGCUUCGAAAUAUGACCAGUCACUCUGCCCGAGUGGGCUCCCUAAGCUGGAACAGCUAUAUCCUAUCCAGUGGUUCACAUUCUGGCCACAUCCACCACCAUGAUGUUCGGGUAGCAGAACACCACGUGGCCACACUGAGUGGCCACAGCCAGGAAGUGUGUGGGCUGCGCUGGGUCCCAGAUGGACGACAUUUGGCCAGUGGUGGCAAUGAUAACUUGGUCAAAGUGUGGCCUAGUGCUCUUGGAGAGGGUGGCUGGGUUCCUCUGCAGACAUUCACCCUUCAAGGGGCUGUCAAGGCCGUAGCAUGGUGUCCCUGGCAGUCCAAUGUCCCGGCAACAGGAGGGGGCACCAGUGAUCGACACAUUUGCAUCUGGAACGUGUGCUCUGGGGCCUGUCUGAGUGCCGUGGAUGCCCUUUCCCAGGUGUGCUCCAUCCUCUGGUCUCCCCACUACAAGGAGCUUAUCUCAGGCCAUGGCUUUGCACAGAACCAGCUGGUUAUUUGGAAGUACCCAACCAUGGCCAAGGUGGCUGAACUCAAAGGUCACACCUCCCGGGUCCUGAGUCUGACCAUGAGCCCAGAUGGGGCCACAGUGGCAUCUGCAGCAGCAGAUGAGACCCCGAGGCUAUGGCACUGUUUUGAGUUGGACCCUGCGUGGCGGCGGGAGCGGGAGAAGGCCAGUGCAGCCAAAAGCAGCCUCAUCCACCAAGGCAUCCACUGAAGACCAACCCAUCACCUAACUUGUUUUUUAUUUUUCUAAUAAAGUCAUGUCUCCCUUCAAAAAAAAAAACAAAA